GUAGACGUGAAGUUUUGCAUGUUCUUCGACUGCUCGGAAGCAGUGAUGGAGGCGCGUCUGCUUGAGAGGGGGAAGACGAGUGGUCGCUCUGACGACAAUCUCGAGUCAAUCAAAAAGCGCUUUGCUACAUACCAGCAGGAGUCUUUGCCUGUGGUGGAGAGGUUCAGCAGGGAAGGAGCCAUGCGCAGGAUCAAUGCAGAGCAGGGCCUUGACGAAGUGUGGAGCUGCGUGCAGGAGGUCAUGCACAACGAGCGUGAUGGCCACCUGUUGAACCAGGCGCUUGUUCUCAUCAAGCCGUCGUCUUUCAACAAGGAUACGCAGCGAUUCGUGCAAUCCUUCUUCACCACGCACAAGAUUUCCAUCGUCGAGAAGGGCAUUGUUGCUGCCAAGGACAUUGCUGACAAGAAUCUCUUCGACAAGCAGUACCUGCAGCUGGCACGCUUCGCGACUGGUAUCCCUCAAGACUUCAAGGUUGCCGGUGAGGCGGCAGCUCGCUUUGAGAGCGCCUUCGGUGUUUCGUUCACCGCAGCUGCACCGCUUGGUGCCGAGGCUGCUGCCGCAAAGCUGGGUAUUUCGACUGAGGAGAUGUUCGCGCUGUGGCAAAGCAGUCCUUCCAUGAAGUUG